AUGUCGAAAGGAUACAAGCCGCUCUCGGCUUCUGCUCUUGUCUCCAACUCCUUAUAUGGGCCAACAUCAAAUAACCGAAACAACACCAACAACAUGGAAGCUUCAACGACAUCAUCAGCCAGUGGUCUCUUUACUCCACAAUUUUUCGAUGAGGAACUAGGUCCUCCAAUUCGCCCAACUCUGUCAACGGGGUCAUUUAUGCGAGUUAGCCCAAACGACAAACGGUUUGAUCAUCAGGAUAAUGCAUUUGAAAGCGAUGAUGACGAUUUAGACUAUGACGGAUCAUCAAGUAUGGCUGCAAGUACUGUCCCGGGUGCUUGGGGUCCAUCUGGUGUAUUCUCAAAGGGAUUUGGAAGGACAGUGCCAAGUAAAUCAAAUCCAUUAUUUGACAAGCUGCUACCAGAUGCAGAUCUAGAUGAUCAACCAAAUCCAUAUGCUAAUCCAUCAGAUCGCCCAUACGCAGACCCAUUGUUUGGAAUACUAUUCAUCAUAUCAUUUGCUGCCAUGUUUAUUACAGGAAUAGUGUUACUCUUCACCACGAGCUCAGUCCCUUUCUCCUCUAUUGUGCCAGGAUCUGUGUAUGGAACAUUAUACAAAUCCUCAGGAUUGUUGACAAUGCUAACAACGUUGGCCAUUGGAGUCGGGGCUCUUUGGAUUUGGACUAUGAAGCGUUUCGUUCGCCCCAUCGUGUACUUGACUGUAGUUGCUAUACCCUUAUCGUCUCUUAGUCUAUUUGCUGUCUUGUUUACAAAUUCGAUUGUGGGGAUAGUCAAUGAUUCUCCCGACUUGUCUCCUCAAUACUCGGGCUCCAUUGUAGUAUCGCUCGUCACUCUGGCCAUCUCAGCUUUGGCCUGUGAUGUACUUCAAGCAAAUCCGAGUGUAUUCCUCUACUCUCUCGGCCUAAUGGGUGGAUUUGUAGUCUUCUCGAUUGUGUGGCUCAUCUUCUUCAGUCGAUUAUGGCUAAUCAAUGGCGUCAAUGGCGCUGGAUUUGGAAACAACGCUUCACCAAUCGCCAUCAUAUUCUUCCUAUUCAUGUACUUUUGGUCGUCAAGUAUCUUCCACAAUGUAGAGAAAACCAUGAUCGCAGGAGUAGUCGCCCAAUGGUACUUUAAUCCAAGUGGUAGAAGGAGAGUCAUACAUCACAUCAAUGGAGGAGACGACUUGUUAGGUGGUGACUCGGAUACUUCAUCGGAUAAAACGAAACGAGCACUUACAGUAGCAGUCACUACCUCAUUCGGAUCUAUUGCUUUUGCAAGUAUGAUUAUGGCGAUCGUAUCCACCAGUCAAGCUAUAGUUAGAUUCAUAAGAAGGCGGACACAGAAAAUGGAUCGAGUCGCUUCUUCGUGGCUAGUAUAUGUGGACUCGAUGUUGACCACCAUCAGCACACUAACUGAGAAUCUAAACUCCUAUUCUCUCGUGUAUUGUGCCUUGACUGCUUCCUCCUUUUGUGAGGCAGCUCUUACAUGUACGAGGCUAUUCAGGAGGAAUCUUGUAUUGGGGCUCGUCACUAGCACGGUCACUCGGCUAGUAUUGGGCUUAGGAGUAGGUUCAAUUGCCCUUGGAACUGGGACAUGGGCCUUCUUCUAUGCUAGUCGUGGCAUGAACUCACCUUACGCAUGGGUGGUUGGAGUUGUAGGGGCAAUCAUACCCUACUUUGUAGUUAAUUUCCUCUCUUCCAUUGUGCAGCAUACUGUGGAUGCUUGCUUUAUAUACUACCUGAUGGACUUGGACAGUGACUCGUGCCACUGUGAACCAGCACAUAGAAUCUUUGGGUCUACGCAAUCCUAG